AACUACGUCAAUCCUUAUUUAUUGUCAAUGUCAUGUUCUUAAUUCGACAAGUGCUCUGUGGUUAUAAAGCUAACCUCAAAAAAUUUAGUUUGUUUUCUAAAAUACAGAAAACAAACACCUUUUAAUUCAAGAAACUGCUAUUUUAAUCUUACUUCGACUGUUAAUAAGAUCUAAAUACUAUGGCUGACGAGGAAUAUGAGGCAGAGGACGCGGGAGCAGACUACGACGACAUCGCUGAGGAAGAUGACAACAUUGAGGAAACUGAGGAGCAGGAGGAAGAAGGUUACGUCCAAUGCCUGGCGCCAGGUCAAGCUGGAGGGGGCGUCGAGAAAUCUAAACGCAUCACUACGCGGUACAUGACUAAAUAUGAACGAGCUAGAGUUUUAGGUACAAGAGCAUUACAAAUCGCGAUGUGUGCCCCAGUAAUGGUGGAGCUGGAAGGCGAGACAGAUCCUCUACAAAUAGCAAUGAAAGAACUGAAGCAUGGCAAGAUUCCAAUCAUCAUAAGACGGUACCUUCCGGAUCAUUCCUAUGAAGACUGGAGUAUAGACGAACUUAUCAUAAUAGAUCAUUAAGACCAGUAGGACAUAGCUCUUGUAAAUUUCUUAAAAUGUUGGAAAUUCAAAGCCAAUACUAAGGAACAUGCUGUUUUGUAUUCAUGUUAAACACCUUGAUUUCUGUAAAACAUUUUUAUAUCUGUGUUAAUUACAAAAUUGUCCUUUAUUAUAGACAAUCAAUACCUAGUUUCAUAAGACAACAUAUCAAUACAUACACUCCAGUAAACCCUGCCCCAUGUUCGUAAAAGAAAUAAAUGUAUUUCCCUGAUUCUUUUAAUUCUUAGGUAAUAUAAUAGUUGUAAGUAAUAAAUUAAGAUUUUAAAUUUUGUA